AUGGUGUUACCCCUCAAGCCUGUGCAGAUGCUAGCUGUAAUGGUUCUAGUUGUCUUCACAAUCAGCCAGUGUCAGGAGACUGAGAGCCGUCGGGCCGUGACGGAGCACCAGCUGAUGCAUGACCGUGGACGGACCAUCCAGAGCCUGAAAAGACUCAUCUGGCUGUCCAGCGCCAUGGAGGGUCUCCACACCGCCCAGACCCGCUCCGCCCUCUACCCACCAUCCUUCGCGCUAAGUCAGGGGCUCGUCUCAGGCCUCGCCCCCUUCCCCGCCAGACAGGACAGCGGCCCCUCCAGGGGAGCGAUGGAAAGCUUUCUGAGAGACUUCUUCAACCCCCAUCUCAGCGGACUCUCUGAGGGAGAGCCCUAG